UUCUCUCAACUCGCCUGAAGAGAGAGAGAGAGACGAAUCUCGGGGGGCUGAUGGGGGCGGUGGUUAUGGAGGUCGCCGCCGCUUGCAUUGGGUGGCUGCUUUUGUUCGGCGGCGUCGCCCAGGGCCAUGAUUUUGCGGAGUUCUUCUUCAACAAUACGGAAUUGCCCUCAAUGGAAUCUGUGUCUGAAAAUGGCCUCUCUUCUUCUUCUUCAGCUGCCGACACUACUAUGCCCAGUCCUCUCAUGGUCCCCCUCACUCUAAUUCAUGGAGCUCCUGCUAAAGGAGCUGUGUGUCUUGAUGGGACGCUACCUGGUUAUCACAUUAGUUUGGGCUAUGGAUCAGGAGCAAACAGUUGGCUCAUUCAAUUGGAGGGUGGCGGAUGGUGUAAUAGCAUUAGAUCAUGCGUUUACCGCAAAACCACACGCCGUGGGUCAUCAAACUUUAUGGAGAAAGUGCUUCAAUUUACCGGAAUUUUGAGCAAUAAGGUUGAGCAAAAUCCAGAUUUUUACAACUGGAAUAGAGUUAAAGUCCGUUAUUGUGAUGGUGCAUCAUUCACAGGAGAUAGUGAAAACCAGGCUGCAAAACUACAGUUUAGAGGGCAACGCAUAUAUCAAGCAGCAAUGGAUGAGUUAAUGUCGAAAGGAAUGCGCAACGCUAAACAAGCUCUUCUUUCUGGAUGCUCUGCUGGUGGUCUUGCUUCAAUAUUGCACUGCGACGAGUUUCGAAGUUUAUUUCCAAGCAGUACUAAAGUGAAGUGCUUAAGUGAUGCCGGAUUAUUUAUGGAUGCAACAGAUGUAUCUGGCGGUCAUAGCUUUAGGAAUUUCUUUGCAGGCGUUGUAACCGUGCAGGAUCUUGUGAAAACCCUGCCACGAACUUGUACUUACCGCCUUGAUCCGACCUCAUGCUUCUUUCCUCAGAAUUUGAUUGCCAACAUCAAAACUCCUCUCUUCAUUCUCAAUGCUGCAUACGACACAUGGCAGAUCCAAGAAAGUUUGGCUCCUCCUUUGGCUGACCCAAAUGGCUAUUGGCACAACUGCCGAUCAAACUAUCAGAAAUGCUCUACAUCACAGAUUGACUUUUUGCAAGAGUUUAGAACUAGUAUGUUGAAUGCUGUAGAGGGGAUUGCAGCUUCUAAACAAACGGGUUUAUUCAUAAACUCGUGUUUCGCUCACUGCCAAUCUGAGAGGCAGGACACAUGGUUUGCCGAUGACUCUCCUGUUAUCCGCAGCAAGACAGUUGCACUUGCAGUUGGAGAUUGGUAUUUUGAUCGAGCUAGCGAAAGGUAUAUUGACUGCCCAUACCCUUGUGAUGGGUCAUGUCACAACUUAGUAUUCAGAUGAGCCUUGAAAUUUUAAUACUUGCUAUUUUUAUCUUCAUACACUGGGUCAAAUUUUAGCCCAGUGAAAAAGGUCUUCAGAGUUCUCUGUUCCAAUUAGAUGUGUUUAUUUUACAUGUUGUUGUGAUGCCUGUUUUUUCUCUUGUAUAAGUUGUUUUAUCUUUACAUUUUUCUUUUUCGGGUAAUAAUUUUUUUUACAAUGCGAUGUAAUAAAUCAUUUCGAGGCAAUAAAGUGGAUACUGUAUGAUAUACAAAUUGUGUAUAUCGCGAUGUACAACAUAUAUU